GGAGAGUGGGACGGAGGAGGCGGGGGACAAAAAAAAAAAGUUCUGAGGGAGUUUAAAAACUGGAUUGAAAACCCAAACUCAAAUGAACAGUUAUGAGGUUACAUCAAGGUAGGCGUAUUUCGCCUCAAGGUACACAUAAACGCUCAAAAGCGAGAGGAUACACUCAAUUACAUAUCAUCAAGACUUGACACCACCAGGGCUCAUCCAGAGGACACUUUACGCAGCAUGCUCGUCUUGCUUUUUAGGCUAAGUGGAGAAUAUUUCAGAUUUUUACCCUGAAUUGUCUUAACUGAAGACAGCAAGUCUGCUUCAGAUUAUAAACUUAAUUUUACUGUUUACAGUCAGGCAUUUAGCUCUAGCUUUUAUUUAGAAUUGAAAUAUUUAUAGAAGAGAGGAAUCAUGGCAGUACAUGCGCUGACCGGAUUCUCCCUAGUCAGUUUACUUGGGUUUGGCUACCUCUCCUGGGACUGGACGAAGCCCAACCAGGUGGAGAAUGAACCCCUUUCGGACUUGACCAACAAGAUCUCCAGAUUCCCGCCCAGACAGGCGCAGCCGCACAUCAUCUUCAUCCUCACGGACGACCAGGGUUUUCACGACAUCGGCUAUCACAACUCGGACAUCCGAACGCCGACUUUGGACAAACUGGCGGCGGAGGGCGUCAAGCUGGAGAACUACUACAUCCAGCCCAUCUGCACGCCUUCCCGCAGUCAGCUCAUCACGGGCAGAUACCAGAUCCACACUGGACUGCAACACUCCAUCAUUCGAUCGCGCCAGCCUAACUGCCUGCCACUGGACCAAGUGACGCUCCCACAGAAACUGCAGGAGGCAGGGUAUGCCACCCACAUGGUGGGUAAGUGGCACUUGGGCUUCUACAAGAAGGAGUGCCUGCCCACACGUCGUGGUUUUGACACCUACUUUGGGUCAUUGACGGGCAGUGUUGACUACUAUACUUAUGAGUCUUGUGAUGGGCCAGGGAUGUGUGGAUAUGACUUGCAUGACGGAGAGACGGUAGCCUGGGGUCAGAGGGGUAAGUACUCUACCCACCUCUACACUCAGAGGGUGCGCAAGAUCCUGGCCAGCCAUAACCCCCGCCAGCCCAUCUUCAUCUUCCUGUCCUUUCAGGCCGUGCACACGCCUCUGCAGUCACCCAAGGAGUACAUCUACCAAUACCGGGGAAUGGGUAAUGUAGCCCGCAGGAAGUAUGCUGCCAUGGUUUCAGUUGUAGAUGAAGCAGUACGCAAUGUGACCUAUGCCCUGCGCAAGUACGGAUACUACCAGAACAGCAUCAUUAUUUUCUCUACAGACAAUGGGGGGCAACCGUUUUCUGGAGGCAGCAAUUGGCCGUUGCGGGGACGCAAAGGCACUUACUGGGAGGGAGGCAUCAGAGGACUAGGUUUUGUCCACAGUCCCUUGCUGCGGCGCAGACGUCGAGUGAGCAAGGCCCUGGUGCACAUCACAGAUUGGUACCCCACCCUAGUCACUCUGGCAGGAGGAAACAUCUCUCUGAGUGAGGGUCUUGAUGGUUACAAUGUGUGGCCAGCAAUCAGUGAGGGUAAGGAGUCUCCCCGACUAGAGAUUCUGCAUAACAUUGACCCACUUUACAAUCAUGCUAAGCAUGGCUCCUGGCAGGAUGGCUUCCGCAUCUGGAACACAGCUGUUCAGGCCUCACUCCGUGUUGGGGACUGGAAGUUGCUCACUGGAGACCCAGGAUAUGGAGACUGGAUCCCACCACAAAUGCUGGCCAACUUCCCAGGUAGUUGGUGGAACUUGGAGCGCUGCACUGACAUCCAGAAGUCUGUGUGGCUCUUCAAUAUCACAGGAGACCCUUAUGAGCGAUAUGAUUUAUCAAAGGAGCGGCCAGAUGUGGUUAAACAGCUGCUGGCUCGUCUGGCCUACUACAACCGCACUGCCAUCCCUGUGCGCUACCCAGCCAAGGACCCCCGGGCCAACCCUGAGUUUAACGGGGGUGCAUGGGGGCCCUGGGCUGGCGAUGAUGAGGAAUAUAACUGGGAUGAGGUAUAUCACAAGAAUACAAAAACCAAGAAGAAGUGUAAGAUCUGCAAACUGAGGUCUUUUUUCAGAAGGCUAAAUACCAGGAUCAUGUCCAACAAACUGUAGUAGGGCAUUAUUGGCAGGGUUCCAUUUAGUAACUCCUGUUGACUUGUGAUAGUAAAGUACCACAUUUCAAAAAGGUGCUUGAAAUAAAAUUGCUCCAAAGGCAGACCUUGACAAAGCCAUUCUCUGAGCCCGCUGUGUGUUUGUUGUAGGACUUUGUAGGAGUUUUAUUUA